UUUUUAAAUGCUUACGGGUGCAAAAUGUGAGUGAGACCGGAAGAGGGGCAGAGAGCCAGAGUGAGAGAUGGAGAGUAUAUUAAUAAGAAAAGGGGAAGGAGAUGCUGGGGUAGUUUAUUUGAGAGGAGAUUUGAUCGGAUCAUGAUGUUAAGAUUAAGUCUUCCACUGAUCCUGCUCUCCCACUCGGCCUACUCAAUGCUGCUGGGAUGGGUGGAGUCUCCCGGUUAUCCCAGUGGCUACUUGCCCCAUUCCAGUCUGAACUGGAGCAGGUGUGCCCCUAAAGGUCACACCCUCUCCAUCAGGCUCAUCCACCUGGACCUGGAGGACAGCCACGAGUGUGAAAACGAUGCAGUGAAGGUCUAUUCAAAUGGAAACUUAAUUUCUGUUCUGUGUGGCAAAAGGGAAUUUGAGGAGCUUCAGUCGACUGUGAAUCCCUUGCUCCUCUCCUCCCCAGGCGGCUGUCUCUCUCUUCAUUUCUACUCCGACUUCUCAAACACCAAGAGGCACACUGGCUUCAGAGGCUUUUACACAGUGCAAGACUUUGACGAGUGUGAGGACGACCCAGAGAACGGGUGCACCCAGUUCUGUCACAACUUCAUCGGCGGGUACCACUGCUCCUGUCGCCAUGGUUACUACCUUGAUGCGGACAAGCACACUUGCACAGUGAGCUGUAGCAAGGAUCUGUCAGGGCUGACCAGAGGCGACAUAUCUUCUCCCUCCUGGCCUGGUUCAUAUGCGGAGAAUGCCAACUGUGAGUACACCCUGUCUGUGGCACCCAACCUGCAGCUGGAGCUGCAUUUCUCUGGAGUUUUCGAUUUGGAGCAAGGCCAUGACGGUCAAUGCAUAGAUGCACUGAGGGUUGAGACUCGCACUGGGACUCUGGGACCAUUCUGUGGCAACACGGCUCCCCCGUCUCCCCUCCUCACUUACUCACAUAAUGUCAAAAUCCGCUUCACCACUGAUGGCUAUGGCACCAACAAAGGCUUCUUUUUCCACUUCAAGACCACAGACAAGCUCUGUCCACCGGUGGUUACCUUACACUCCACUCUGGCUCCUGAGAAAUCAGAAUACCGUCAGGGUCAAACAGUGACAGUAACAUGUGAUCAAGGCUAUGUUGUGAAUAUUCAAGGCGUCCAGACCCUGUCAACGGAGUAUGUGACGACAUGUCAGGUUACAGGCGAAUGGGCCCCUGAUAAUGCCUGUGAACUUGUGGAUUGUGGUGUCCCUGAGAUCCCAGAAGAUGACAUCCUAUACUUGGUGGGCACAGAUACCCCACACACUAAGUAUGGUGACCAGAUCCAGUUUAACUGCAGUUCAAAGUACUAUACACUGGAAGGCGAUGACACAUACAGUUGCAGUGCCAGUGGUGAAUGGGUAUCAGGUAGUGGACAGUCACAGAUACCAAAAUGCACUCCAGUGUGUGGGAUGCAUGAAAAAGACAUCUCCAGUAUUGGCAGGAUUUUGGGAGGUCAGGAUGCAAACCUGGGAGAAAUACCAUGGCAUCUUUUGAUAAAAGAGCCAAGUAGAGGAGGGGCAUCACUGAUCAAUGACCGAUGGGCCAUCACAGCAGCUCAUGUUGUGGAAAACUUAGGUGACAUGCAGUUGGUGCUGUAUGGUGGACUGGUAAAUGCCCAGACAAGAGAUAGGUUUUCUGAUGUAGUUGUCCUGAACAGUGAGAAGAUCAUAAUUCAUCCUGGCUUCUCCAAAGAAACUCCUCUUAGAGGACGCAUUGAUUUUGACAAUGAUAUUGCUCUUAUCAGAUUUACCUCCAGGGUGAAUUUAGGCCCAAACCUCCUUCCCAUUUGUCUACCAGAGGCAAACAGGGCAUUGGUGACAAAUGAGCAAGGAACAGUUUCAGGCUGGGGGAAGACAGAAACUAAGAGAGACCCCGGUAAACUUCAAGGAGCGUCACGCAUGUUGAAAUACGCUCACAUCGCGGUAAAAUCCCUUGACCAGUGUCGGGAUACACCUACCAUAGAAGGUAACCAGCACGUGCGUUUCACUGAUAACAUGUUCUGUGCUGGUGCAGAUGGGAAGGACAGUUGCCAGAAAGACAGUGGAGGUCCAUUCGUUACACCUUACUUGUCGGCUGGAGGGCCUUAUUAUCUGGCUGGCAUUGUGUCCUGGGGUCCCCCCUGUGAAGAGAGAAAGUACAAGGGUUAUUAUACCAAAGUAGCGAAUUACAUAGACUGGAUCAAGGAGACGAUAGAUAGCGAGGGAAAUUCUUAGAAAGGUGAAAACUGAGAGGGGACACUUUUCAACACUUUUCUACUGACCAUAACACUGUAAUCCAUUUCAGGACUGAUUCAGAUCACUAAAAUAACAAAGUUUAUGAAAUCAAAAACUAUAAUCUUGUAAUCAAUGUACCAACAUUCACAAACACAAUGACAAUAAUGCAUUAUGACUUCAUAUUUCACUUCUGUAUUAAAGGAAAUGUUUGCAAAUCAA